UCUUGCUCAUUCCCACAUGGCACUGCUGCACGGUUGUGUUGCGGGGCAGAGUUAAUGCUAAACUGUAGCUACAUAUUCCUACAACCAGUGGAUUAUUAGAAAAGUAUACGACCGAGAACAAUGUCGCAGUUACAGGCGAGGUUUUUCACAGAGGACAAAAGAUAUGCUGUCGAUGACGUUCCAUUCUCAAUCCCAGCUGGCUCUGAAGUGGAGGACCUCAGCAAUGUCAUCAAUCAGCUUUUGUUGGCUAAAAAUGCAUCCCACAGCAAAGUGGAGUUCGACUUCCUUGUCAGGGCUCAGUUCCUGCGGUCGUCACUGUCAUUUCAUAUGGAGACAGAAGGCAUAUCGACGGAAGAAGUGGUGGAGAUUGAGUAUGUUGAACGAAUCACAGCCCCAGAGCCAGAGGAGUGUAUAAUGCACGAUGACUGGAUUAGCUCCCUGGAUGCAGAUGCUGAAUGGAUCCUCACGGGCUCAUAUGACAAGACAGCCAGGAUUUGGUCUGUGGAAGGCAAGGCCAUGAUUACGGUGGCAGGACACACAGAUGUAGUCAAAGACGUAGCCUGGGUUAAAAGAGAUGGUCUGACCUCCCUGCUUCUGACUGCUUCUCUGGACCAAACCAUUCUGAUGUGGGAGUGGAACUCUGAGCGGAACAAGGUGAAGGCCAGACACUGUUGUCGAGGACACACGGGGAGCGUUGACACUGUUGCCACAGACCCCACAGGCCUAAAGUUCUGCUCCGGCUCUUGGGACAAAAUGUUGAAAAUCUGGUCAGCAGUGCCCACAGAUGAGGCAGAUGAGGUGGAGGAACCUGCCGACAGACCAAGGAAGAAGCAGAAGACACAACAGCUUGGUCUGACCAGGACUCCUCUGAUGACGUUGUCUGGACAUAACGAGGCCGUGUCCUCCGUCCUCUGGUGUGACACUGAAGAAGUUUGCAGUGCAUCCUGGGACCACACUAUCCGUGUGUGGGAUGUCGAGACUGGGAUAAUGAAAACUACAUUGACGGGUACCAAAGUGUUUAACAGCAUUUCCUACUCACCUCUGUGUCGGCGACUGGCCUCAGGCAGCGCUGACAGACACAUUAGACUCUGGGACCCUCGUACGAAAGAUGGGUCGCUGGUGCUGCUGUCUCUCACCUCACACACUGGCUGGGUCACCGCCGUGAAGUGGGCACCUUCACAUGAGCACCAGCUGGUCUCGGGCUCCCUUGACAACCUUGUCAAGCUGUGGGACACCAGAAGCUGUAAGGCUCCUCUUUAUGACCUGGCAGCUCAUGAGGAUAAAGUGUUUUGUGUCGACUGGACAGAGAGCGGGAUGAUGUUGAGUGGAGGAGCCGAUAACAAACUAUACACCUACAAAUACUCGGCCUGUCAGACAGAUGCAGGGGCGUAGGCGAGGACUGCAGAUACAUCACCACAGUCAAUAUCAGUGAAUUUUGUAUUGCACAAACAUUGUUUUCCUUGUUUUUAUCCCUCAAUUUUGACACAUAGUAUGUGGUUUCUUUGUCUCUCUGUAAACAAAGUGAACUAUAAAUUAAUUUUUCUGGUCUGA